AUGCCUCGCGAUCCCCUCAUUGGGCUUGUAGGCAAGCCUUCGGCCGGCAAGAGCAGCAUGCUCAACAGCUUAACGGAUGCUUCCUCCAAAGUUGGUCAAUUUACCACCAUUGAUCCUCAGCGAGCGAUAGGAUACCUUCAGAUCGACUGCGCCUGUGCGCGCUUCGGGCUCUCAGAUAAAUGCAAGCCCAACUACGGCUCCUGCGUCGACGGUCGACGGUCGGUCCCGAUUGAGCUUCUCGAUGUUGCGGGGUUAGUGCCUGGUGCCCAUCAGGGCCGCGGUCUGGGAAACAAGUUCUUGGACGACCUGCGACAUGCCGAUGCGCUCAUUCACGUCGUCGAUGCCUCCGGGACGGUCGAUGCCGAAGGCAAGGAGACGAGAGGCUACGAUCCUUCGGUCGAUAUCGCCUGGCUGCGCAGCGAGAUUGUGGCGUGGAUCUUGGGCAAUCUGAUGCAGAAAUGGGGAGGCAUCAAGCGGCGGCAUAUCGCGGUCAAGGCCACAGCCGUCGAGACAUUACAGAACCAGUUUUCCGGUUACGGAUCCACGCCGGUAACAGUGCAGCGGACGCUGGACCGGUCAGGCGUCAAGGAGCCGCUGGAGGAGUGGUCUGACGAGACGAUCGAGCACAUUGUCAACUGCUUCAUCGACGAAAAGUUCCCGACGGUAAUAGCGCUGAACAAGAUCGAUCACCCUGACGCGGACAAGAACAUCGCCAAGAUCGCCAAGAUGCAGGACCCCAACACUGUCGUUCUCUGCUCGGCCAUUUCAGAAAUCUUCCUGAGGAAGAUGGCGAAGCAAGGAUACAUCAAGUAUGUGGAGGGAAGCGAGUUUGUCGACACGAGAGAGGACCUCAUUGAGCAAGGCGACCCCACAGGCGGCGGCCUCAAAGAGCUCGACGAAAAGAACCGGAAUCGAAUAGAGAAUCUCAAGGACAUGGUAUUGUACCGCUUCGGAUCUACAGGAGUCGUGCAAGUGCUGUCCAAGGCAGCUGAGCUGCUCGGCUUGGUCCCCGUUUUCCCCGUCCGAAACACGACAACGUUCAGCUCAGGAGCGUCAGAAUCCAAAUUUGUCUUUAGAGACUGUGUGCUGGUAAGGAAGGGCCUGACGGUGGGCGAUGUUGCUCGCAAAGUAAUGGGCGACGCGCCGAUUGCAUUUGUGGAAGGUGUUGGAAAUAUGAGGGUAUCUGAAGAUGACCCUGUCGCGGUAGGGAAGAAUGAUAUUCUAUCAUUCAAGGUGGGACGGACAUGA